GUGUAUCAUCAGGAAGAGGGGUUGUAGCGGUUCACAUUAGUUGUCAGCUAAAACUGAAACAAUGCCGUUCAUUGAUUUGGAGACAAAUUUGCCUGCAAGCAAGUUUUCAGAAAACUUUCUGAAAAGACUAUGUACUACAACGGCUGCAGCUUUGGGAAAACCAGAAGACAGGAUGAACCUGGUGGUAAAGGCCGACCUGCCGAUGCUAAUCGCGGGGUCCUGCUCCCCGUGUGUGAUGCUGUCUGUGUCUGCCAUCGGAGUGACUGAUACUGCUGAGAAGAAUAAGGAACACAGUGCCAAAAUAUUCCAGUUCCUGGAAGGAGAGCUUGGGCUAACCGAUGACCGUAUUGUUAUCAGGUUCUACCCUCUGGAGCCAUGGCAGGUUGGGAAGAGAGGAACGGUGAUGAGCUUCUUAUAAGACUCUACGUUCUAUCUUUGAGAAUGAAUUGUUGUUGUAUGGUUGCAAUGUGAGAUUAAACGUGCUGGACCUGCUUUGUUGCUUGGUGGGCUCAAGAUCAGAAAUGAUGUCCAUGUGUAAGCUGAAAGUUUGUUCUUAAGGUAUUGAGAAUAUUUUUAAUUAAAAGCUUCAUAUUUUCCCUCAUUUGUUAUGAUUUGAAAAUAAUAAUUUUACUAAUAAAUUAAAAACAACCAUAAAACAAGCAUUACUCCUUUAUUUUUUAUAAAGAAUAUCAUAGUGUCAUAGAUGUGAAUUAGACUUAAAGCUGAAGUAUGUAAUUUUUGCGACACUAGUGCCACCGAAUGAAAUUGCAAAAAUAGUGUUUCCAAAACAGCUUUCUGAAUACGCCCCUCAUCUGCCAUUGAUAAAACAAAUAGAUAGUCCCGUUUCUUAUUAAACUUUGUUUACUGUUCAGCCGGUUCCCGCCUCCUCCUCACCAGUCCUUUAUCUGUUACAGUGGUGCCGAAACCCGUAAGGGAGGAGGGAUGCGCUGUCGCCGAGUCCUCGCCGCUACCAUCCGCCAGGGGAGAUGCCAGCUCACUCCUCCCCCGGCGGACGGCAGCGAGUCCUCCAGCCCCUGGAGGAUGGAACCGCUCCUCCCCUUCUUUGGCAGACAGCAGUGGUUCCUCCGGCUCUUGGCGGCUGGCAGUGCCCCCUCUGUCCCCAGGCAGACGGCCACGUUGCAUGUGUGUCUGUGUUUGGUUAUGUUUGUUUUAUGUUGAGUUUCUUAUUAAACUUUGUCUGUUCCCGCC